GUCGGUUAUAAUGUAAAUAUGAUCCAUUUUCCCUCGUUCAGUUUGAAUCGGACUCAUUGAUUUGAUUUUGUGUUAUCAGCCGAUUCCCGGAUGGUGGUCUUCAUCUACGCGACUGGACCACAGCGGCAUCCCCACUUUCCCGAGAGGGUGAAGCCUUUUUAAUAACACCGCCAGCCGCUAUGAGACGAAUUACAGGAAAGGCGAAGGAAGAAACUUUGAUCGAGCUGCGGGGCGCAACGGAUUCACAGACUGGAGCAUGUUUGCAGUGAUCUCAUGACACUGUUUGCAGUGAUCUCAGGAGGCAAACAGAUCAAAACAGACAUGCUGGGUGAAUGUCCCUUUACAAUGUGUGACUGUGGGAUCAGUGAGGUCACACUGACAGAUGAAAACAGUGGAAAUGGCGUUCCAUUAUCUGAAAGAGCGACACUGCCAGGACAUACAGAAACAGACAAGUUAAAACCAAACAAAGACACUGUGUUCUUCAGGGAUGGAGUUCGAAGAAUAGACUUUGUGUUGUCUUAUGUAGAUGACAAAGAUGGAGAAAAGAAACAGGAAAGGAGGAGGGAGUUUGAGGCCAAUCUUGAGAAAGCAGGACUGGAGCUGGAGACAGAAGACAAAGCAGACUCCAAAGACCAAAAGACAUAUUUCUUGAAGAUUCAUGCUCCGUGGGAUGUACUGGCCACCUAUGCUGAUGUCUUAAAGAUUAAAGUUCCCUUCAAGGAGAGUGAUAUCCCCCAUGGUCAAGAUGUCCCACUGGAGUGGCUGUCACAUCCUUUCCGCCUGCCACAGGACAUUGUGCACCCACAACGUGACUACUUUACCUACCCCUUCGACAAGACCAAGACAGACUUCUUCCUCAUCAAUGACAAGGAUACUUUUUUUCCGCCUUCCACGAGAAACAGAAUUGUGUUCUACAUCCUGGCUCGUUGUCCGUACUACAAAGAAGGUCGGAAAGAUAGAGAGAAGACGGGAAUCAAGCGACUGCUCAGCAAUGGGACAUAUACAACUGCCUUUCCACUGCAUGAUUGUCGAUACUGGAAAAAGGCCAGAAAUGCUGAAUGUGAGAGUGAGCGCUUCAACCUGUACAAGCACUGGGCCAGGUUUCUCUGCUUUUACAAAGAGCAACCUCUUAACCUCAUCAGGAAGUACUACGGGGAAAAGAUUGGGAUCUACUUCGCUUGGCUGGGCUUCUACACUGAGAUGCUGUUCUUUGCAGCCAUCAUGGGCCUUAUAUGUUUCACCUAUGGAGUGCUCAGUUAUGAUGACAACUUAUCAAGCAAAGAAAUAUGUGACGCCAAUAUUGGAGGCAGUAUUUUGAUGUGCCCACUUUGUGACAAAAAGUGCCCUUUCUGGAAGCUCAACUCUACGUGUCUCUCAUCCUGGCAAUCCCAUCUGUUUGAUAAUGAGGGAACAGUAUUCUUUGCCAUAUUUAUGGGGAUUUGGGUAACUUUGUUUUUGGAGUUCUGGAAACGGCGUCAAGCCCGGCUGGAGUACGAGUGGGACUUGGUGGACUUUGAAGAAGAACAGCAACAGCUUCAAAUCCGGCCCGAGUUUGAAAUCCGUUGCACUAACAGGAGGCUCAACAAGAUCACUAAGGAAAUGGAACCAUACCUCCCCGUCACCAGCAAGUGUGCUCGCUUCUGCCUCUCAGGAGCCACUGUUUUAUUCUGGAUUUCUCUGAUAGUGGCCUGUAUGAUUGGAGUCAUAGCAUACAGGCUGGCUGUGUAUGCUGCAUUUGCAAGUAUCAUUAAAGACCCGCUGAGGAAGAUCCAGCUGGUGGGCAGAUUUAUCACUCCACAGCUAGCGACUUCUGUCACUGCUUCCUGCAUCAACUUUGUCAUCAUCAUGAUCCUCAACUUCUUUUAUGAGAGGGUAGCCAUCUGGAUCACUGAUAUGGAAAUCCCAAAGACCCACCUAGAGUAUGAGAACAGGUUGACCAUGAAGAUGUUCCUGUUCCAGUUUGUCAACUACUACUCCUCAUGCUUCUAUGUGGCCUUUUUCAAAGGCAAAUUUGUGGGUUAUCCCGGUAACUACUCAUAUAUGUUUGGCAAAUGGAGCAAAUUGAGGAACGAGGAGUGUGACCCUGGGGGCUGUCUGAUUGAGCUGACCACACAGCUGGUGAUCGUCAUGGCAGGAAAACAACUCUGGGGCAACAUUCAGGAAGCCCUGCUGCCGUUGAUGCGUAACUGGUGGAGUAGCAGAAAGCGACGGCACCAUUCUGAGAACCAAUACAGCCGCUGGGAGCAGGACCACGUCCUGCAGAACUUCAGCCAGCUGGGACUGUUCUAUGAGUACCUGGAGAUGGUGGUCCAGUUUGGUUUCAUCACUUUGUUUGUGGCCUCCUUCCCCCUGGCGCCACUCCUGGCUCUGUUCAACAACAUCUUGGAGAUCAGAGUGGACGCCUGGAAGUUCACCACCCAGUUCAGACGACCAGUGGCAUCCAAGGCCCGAAACAUCGGAGCGUGGCAGGAAAUCCUCAACGCAGUGGCCAUUUUGUCUGUUGUUACCAAUGCUUUCAUAAUGGCAUUUACCUCAGAUAUGAUCCCCCGUAUGGUCUACCUCUAUGUCUACGGGAAAGGCAGCAUGAAGGGCUACAUAAACAACAGCCUGUCAAUAUACAAAAUAUCACAGAUGCAGAUAGACAAUGUACCAGAUGAACAAGACUACUCGUUUGAUAACUCAACCACCACCUGCAGAUACCGUGACUACCGUUACCCUCCAGGCCACGAGAGGGAGUACACUCACACCAUGUGGUUCUGGCACAUUCUGGCUGCCAAAAUGGCCUUCAUUAUUAUCAUGGAACAUGUGGUCUUUGUGGUGAAGUUUUUCGUGGCGUGGCUGAUCCCGGAUGUCCCGUCAGAUGUGACUGCAAGGAUUAAACGAGAACGCUACCUAAUUCAAGAGUACCUGCAUAACUACGAGGUGGAGAGGCUCAAACUCCAGCUGAGUGCCAGUUUCAUCACAGAGCCACCGUCAGAAAUGUCCUUGAUGUCAGACAAGCACGAAUUGUUGUCUGAGUGCCUGUAGCUUCUGCUUCACACCUCCAACCAGCCAAGCCAAGAAUGGACAAUGUCUGGGAGUUUUAACCUGCUCAACAAGAACAUCUAUAUACAGUGCAAGGGCUUCUGUGUUUGGGAUAAAAAUGCUAUUAUGUUUUCUCUCUGAAUGGACUCCUAUAUUAGGAUUUGCCAAGAGGCAUCAGAAAAAAAAACAAUUUCACUUUUCUUAAAAUCAUCUUCUUGAUUGAGUGAAACAUCUCUGUGCCAUAAAAAAUGUGUAGUGAUGGAAAAUAACAGCAAAGUGUAAAAAAGACUGCAGCUUGUACGGUUCCCCAUGUAAUGCCUUCAGACUCUCUGUUUGUCAUGAGUGAAAAAAAUAUCUCUGUAUUUGCUGAUAGAGUUAAAGUUUGUGGUGUUAUAACAUUAGGUGUAAUUACCCUUUAAAGAGUUUGGUUAUGAUACAAUCCAUUUUUACUUUCUGCAUGUGAUCUUUCUAAUACAAGAUGAAGGACUCUUCAGACAAGAGGAUGUGUCAGUUGCAAAUGUUGUACAGCAAUUGUGGUUAAGAUAAUUCACAUAAUUUAAGGUGUUUUACAUCACACCGCCUUUAUCUGCCAUUUAACUAUAAAUAUAAAAAACAUCUAAUAUGAAACACAUCUAUAUAUUAACAAGUGAAGAGGCAGUGCUUAUUCCUCAGACAACUUGACUGUGUUUCUUUUUAAAUCAUUUUUAAUAAGUGGUAGCAACACAACCUUUAGUUCCACUGAUCUAUAGCUGGGCUAUAUAAUUGUCUGUUUUGUUAUGUGAGUCUAUUAUGUUUAGAGAAAAGCUCUUAAAAACUGCAUGUGACAACCAAAUACUUCCAUUACACUGCAGUUAUAAUGUAACAAUCAGAGGUGUGGUGUUAAUCCAUCCGAUCCACCCUGAGUUAGUUAGUAAUGUGGUGAGACAGCAGCAGCAGGCUCAUGUCUGACAAAUGUAUUUCCAAAUUGCUGCAGGACCAAUAACAAGAUUUUUAUCAAUGGAAAAAAGAAAAUGCUGGAAGAUCACUUGUCAGAUCUUCUGUUUUAAUACAAUCCCUUUGUAAGUUUAGACUGAUCGUGUGUCAGCUUUCCUCCUUGUGUUACAUAUAGUUAUUAAAAUGCCUAUGUUUUCAGAUUGCAGAUCAUUGGUGUCUCCGUAUACUGUAGGUAUAAACAGUUGUAACCUUUAUUUCUGAGAUAUACAGAAAGGACAAACACUUCUUGUACUCUGGUUGGGAUAUGUGUGUGAAGAUUUCAGUGAAAAAUAUGACUCUAGCUGGUUACAAAGUGUUGCUGUAGAUAUAGAGAAUGUUAUCUAAUUAAUUUAUUGAGCGGUGUCUGCUCUGUAGUAGUAGAUUUAUUUUAUAAUAAUCUUUUUCAGAUUUUCUUGUACAUUUUAAUGCAACAACUGAUUUCUUAUUUUUUAUUUAUCAUCUCAUAAAUGACCACCAAGCAGUGUUAGUUCAGACUGUUCAAGUACAUUUUAUGCUAUAAAUUACUACUUUGUCAAGGGACCAGCCAAUUAAAAAACUGCGCAUUCUCUGACAAAGAUCUGUUUAUAUUCCUUUGCAGUAUUUUAGUCAUUUACUGGUUACAGUAUAGCUUUUUUAUCUUCUCAAGAGUAACUUUUAGAUAUUUCCGUGUUUAUAUUGAAGUCUCUUUGUAAUUUAAACUGUAAAUGAUGCAGUUGUGAUUUCAACUAUCAGCAAAUUAUAUUUUAUAUUUGUCAAAAUCUAAGCCUGGCUUACUCUAAUCUCAGGACUAAAUGUCUUCUAAUGUUUGUUGAUCAUCACCUGUUGAUACAGAGAGCAGAUGCAUUCUGAUGGUUAGAGCAUGAUCCUGCACCGUGCAGGUUGUAUUUCCCAACAAACAAAUGCCUUAAACAUCUGUGUUUACUUUUUUAUAUGAUUUUGUAAUGAAAAAGUUUCCUAUCUGAAUUCAAAACCUGUUUCAUAUCAUUUGUUGCUGCUACUAGUCACUGCAAAGUAUUUGUUUUAUCUGAUUUGAUGUACAUGGACUUCUGUUAUGUUGUGUUAAGUUCAUUGUAGCCCAUUGUACAGAAAUGCAGUAACACUAUUAAUAUUCACAACAAAUAAAGACAUAACUAGUU